UGCGAGUGCGUUCUCGGCGUCUCGUGUCGCUGCGAUGUCGACAUCUCGUCUCGUGUGCGAGGGCUAUCUCCUCAAGCGUCGCGGACCGUUUCAGAACCGCGUGCGCUGGUUCCGUCUGACGACAAGUGAGUUCCAGUACUUCACGACUGAGGAGGGUGAUAUGAUCGCAUCGUUUACGCUUGAUAAGAUUAUUGGAGUUACAGAGGAAGGUUCUGCACAGUUUGAGUUGGUUCAACGGGAGCCGUUUGGUGCAUCACAGCGUACAACUAUGCUGCUUGAAGCUCAGAAUGGAUUGGAGAGAAAGAAGUGGGUAGGAUACUUGAAAGAUCUAAUUGGAGUAAAUCAAGGAGAAUAUGCUGAUGAUGAGGAACUCAUUUGUGAAGGCUGCUUGACUAAAGUCAGAGGAGCUGGAAAGAAGAGACGAUGGUUUAGACUCACAAAUAAAGCCAUUUGUUACUACACAGAGAAUGGGGGAAAAUUAAUGGCGACACUAGAAUUAGAUCGCAUAGAUGCAGUUAAAAGUCAAGACAACGAAACAUUUAUCGUUCACGGCAGCUACAACUUUAGUGCCUCAGGCAAACCCAACAUGACACUCCGAUGUCCAUACGACGCGAUCAAGAGAAAAUGGAUGCAAGGAUUCAAACGGCUACAAGAAGACGGUCUCAUUAAAGUCAAAUACUAA